GAAGCUAAGACUCGCUUGAUCCCCUACGUUGCUAUCGGUACCGGUUUGAAGCACAGCUGGGCUCAUGCGUGGGUUCAGGUGGCUAUGGAUGCUGCGCAAGCAACUUUCUUCUUGCAGGAGUUCCUCAUGAAGGCGGGAAUCGAGCAAGCGGAGGAUCGAUCGCCAUUAACAUACUCGCGGCAGGCUUUUACCAGCUUGUAUGGCAAGGUGCUCCUCAUGUUUCAUCAUAUCCGUGACGGGAAGUAUGAUCCCGACUUGAACGAGGUUGGCAGGAUCGUCGAGGUGGCCAAGGCGGGGUCUGCUAGUGCUGGUCAAGGCGGAGGCCUAAGCAAUAACCCCGGAGCGCAAGUGGACAGCUCAUCAUCUGGUGAGUCGUCCGACGGCUCGGGAGAUCGGGAGUCUGAGGCUGCGGGAGGCGAAGAUCUUUUGCGCCGGGUGCCGUUUCGGGAUCCCGUUGACCACUCCCUCCUAAAGGUUCAUCGGCUGUCGGGCAUCGUUCAUCACUUGAAAGAGGGUGUGGGCAGGCCCAGCUGCGGCCGAUCCAGAUUUUUGCUUGCAAUGUCAGAAG